GGGCCAGUUGUUUGCGUACCAGGGGCUCGAUGACAGAGGCCGUUUGGUCGUCGUUUGGGUUGUUAUGUUGAAGUGACCAGUAUAUUUUUUUUUUGGUGUAUGUAUAUACUGGGUGUUGUGCGUAUGAACGAAUUCUGUGUCGGCGGUAAUUGUACUUUGGUAUAGGUUCUAGUAAUUUCGUGCAAUAUUAAGUACCUACCUACUCGCGGGGUAGGUUUGUAUAAGUGAGUCAAAGUGGAGGGCCAGUCGUAUAAUAUUAAACAAGAAAUGAAGACUGAAUAUCGGAUAUGCUCCGCCUGCGGCGAGCCGAUCAGCGACAAAUUCCUGCUGGAAGUGUCCGGAAGAAGCUGGCACGCCAGGUGCCUGCGGUGCUCCAUAUGCCAGCUGCAGCUCGACAGGCAACCGUCCUGCUUCAUCAGGGAUCGGGCCGUCUACUGCAAAACCGACUACGCCAAAAGCUUCGGGGCGAAAUGUUCGAUAUGCACGCGGGGCAUCUCGUCGAGCGAUUGGGUGCGCAAGGCGCGCGACCACGUCUACCACUUGGCCUGCUUCGCGUGCGCCGCCUGCCACCGGCAGCUCUCCACCGGCGAGGAGUUCGCCCUGCACGAGGAGCGGGUGCUGUGCAAGGCGCACUACCUGGAGAUCCUGGACGGCGGUACGACCUCGUCGGACGACGGUUGCGACGCCGAGGGGUACCACAAGAACAAGGCGAAACGGGUGCGGACGACGUUCACCGAGGAACAGCUGCAGGUGUUGCAGGCGAACUUCCAGCUCGAUUCGAAUCCCGACGGACAGGACUUGGAGAGGAUCGCCCAGAUCACUGGUUUGAGCAAGCGGGUUACGCAGGUGUGGUUCCAGAAUUCUCGGGCGAGACAGAAAAAACACAUGCACACCGGUAAAGCCAAAACGCAAAUGCAUAAUAGGGAAGAAAACAAUUUCAAUAGGCAUAUAAAUCUUCAUUUAACGUAUUCGUUGCAACAGAACAGCAAUCACAAUCACAAACCUUCGAUUUAUUCUCAAAAUAACGAAUUAGAUUCGUCUCUGGAUGAAUUAUCGCAAGAAUCGACGAUGCAUUGCAUGCAAAACGAAGUCUAAAAUAUUCUAAUUAUAGAUGUAAUAUAUUAUAGUAUAAAAGUAUACAUAGAUUGAUUUUAGCUGGUCCAUCGUAAAAUCAUUACCUAUUAAAAUAGUGUCGAUAUUAACGGGAGUUUUUAGAUUAAACUACGAGUUUCAUGCUCAAACGAUUAUUACCUAUUAAAUAGUAGCCAUUUUGUUCUAAAAGCUUCCAAAUACUGAACCCUAUUGCAACAUUAAAUGUUAUCAUGUAUCUU